GAAAAAACAUGAAGCACGCAAAUUCAAAAGUCGGCAAAGGGUGCCGGCACCGUUAAAUUAAUGAAUUUUGUACAUAAUAACAUACACCAUAACAAGAUUUGAUCAAUAAUUUACAAUAUUCUUGGUCCCAAUAAAAAAAAUACUUAUUCACUUAUUGUGUCAAACCCGCAUGUAUAUUUCUAGAAUCAUGACUUUGAUGAUUCCUUCAACUCUCCUACCUUUCUUGAACAAUUCUUUAGUCCACGUUUUGUCUCAAUUUUCUUCACAAAUAUUCCUUUGCAUUUAUUAUUGUUUUCUUUUAACUCCUUAACUUUAGAAAAUUCCACUUUCUCCCUUGAUAACUCUAUCCCUCCCACCUAAAGGCUGAAAACCGAUGAUGUUUGGUUGGCAUGAAGCGCUAAUUACUGCGAUUUUCGCCGGACUUAUGGUGAUCAUUUUCUUGAUUCUGAUUAUUCGUCGAAAGUCUAAUCAAAGAAGUAUUGCAACAGAGCGUCAUCAACAAGAAGUCGGAGUCGAAACAGAGGUUAAAACGACACCAUUACAGACGGAAGAAAACAGCAAGAGAAGGCUAAGUUCUCAUUUCUUCCGCCGUGGUUCGUCAACAAAAUCAUUCUUCAAUUGGGCUGAUCAUCCAGCGUUGGUCACCGACGCUGUCGAGAAUGGAUGGUCACGAUUCGCCUUUACUAGUUACGUGUCGAGGUCUCCGUCUGUUAGAUCAUCGCUGUUUGAUAGUCUGCGAGUUACAGGUGAUUUUUACAGCAGUAGAGAAAGCAGUAGUAUUAUUAAUUCGACUAGUAUUAAUCAGGUCGAAGAGAGUUGGGAAAUUGGUUCAGGAUCAGUUGAUUUUAUGCAAAAGUUAUCAUUUAAAAUCAAAGGCUUAAACCUUGGUGGUGGAGCCGUGGCUGCAAGUUCAUCUUCGGUGGCGAAAUCGGUGGUGAGGAUGGCGCUACCUUUGCCAGGGCCGCCAAUGGUUCAAUCCUUUCCGCAGGAGGCGUAUUUUGAGAUAAAUGUUUUGAACUCAAAUGAGGAUAACGUGAAGUUUAAUGGUGAAGGUGAAAAAACGAAACUGUUGUUUCAGCGUAGUUUUUCUUCUACGGCGAGUUCGGGGAUUGGUAAGACGCAGGAAGGGUUGUUUCAUGUGAGUAGUAGCCGAGGGUCUUACUUGUUAGAGGAGUUGAAAAUCGGUGGCGGUGGCCGAAGAGGAGGAGGUGAUGGUGUGAAGAUGUCAAUAGGACUGAGUGUUGGGGGUUUCGUAACAACUAGGAUUCCGGGGAGUUAUCCUGGCUCUAUUGGAUUCAAUUCUGAUGGUUCUGUUUUUCUUGGAGGUAUGAAACUUGUAUUUGAAUCUGAAAAUGAAGAUUGGGCUAAAACUGGAAGGGUAAUUGGCUGUGGAUUUGAUCCAAGAAAAAAGGAGGUUUACUUCACAGUUGACUCAGAGCUGGUGCAUGUAAUACAUUGCAAGUCAGAGGAUUUUGAGAGGCCAUUAUACCCGGUUAUAGCUACAAAAAUUGGCAUAACUAUGCUAGUGAAUUUAGGCCAAAGCAGCUUUAGUUAUCUUCCUGCAAAUGCACACAGGACCCCAAAUCCAUGUUUCAUUGGUCCCGUCGUAAACUCAUCUGCAGCAGCACUCGGAUACGAAGACAGCAAAGAGUUGUUUUCUAUGGGAAGAAUUGAUGCUGAGUGGCUUAGUCAUAGUGCAACAACUAAAAGUACAGUUAGCUAUAAUAGUGACCUUUACAACAACACUAGGAUUAACAAAAUGGACGAGUAUGAGGAUGAAACAGAGGCCGAAUUUAUUGAAAUUGUUUUAGAUAGCACAAAACGGUGACUUGGGAUAGUAUAAACAACAUUAUGACAUUGACAUUACAAAUUUUUUGCUAACAUAAGUAUAUGAAAAUUUAUGAUAUGCAAUUUCAUUGUUGAACUGAGUAGGAAUGUACGUACCUUCAAUAUUCAUCAUACACAAGGCAACUAAAAUAGUUGCAUGUCUUUCAUAACUCCCUUUUUCUUUUCUUUUUUUUUUCUUGUACACUUGUAUGCAUGUAUACUAAGCUAGCUUUGAGCAAGUAAUAAAACUAAAUCAAGGUGUAA